GAAAGGUUAUGAAAAACGCAGUUGUAUGUCAGACCGACGCACGCACAAGUGCUCUUGGAAGUUCGUGAAGAGUGCAGUAUAGACGGCCAAGGAGGAAAUCCAAUUUUCUACGGGCUUUGUAUCAAGAAGAAUCUAUUACAUUUUGACGUCCUCACCAUCAUUCCAGGCCGUGUCACAUUGAAUUGGCCUCCGUGCGUUUCUAAAUACGGGUCCUAUGGAACGUGUCGCUCCCCUGUGGCCAGUCCUGGCAAUGCUCGUUUUCAGUGUGACCCCAGCGCACCCCAGUAAGUGUCCAAAAUUUUGCAUAUGUGACAACAUCCAGCUCACCGUGGCUUGCAUCGGCAAAAACCUCACGGAGGUUCCUCCCACGAUCAAUGAGAUUACAGUGAAGCUGGACCUGAAGGGAAACAACAUCCAGACGCUGCGGACGGGGGCGUUCCUCCACACCCCGUACCUGACCCACUUGUCCCUGCAGCGCUGCAACGUCCGCAGCGUGCGCGAGGGGGCCUUCCGCGGCCUGGGCCGCCUGGUCUUCCUCAACCUGGCCAACAACAACAUCGACAUCCUCUACCAGGAGUCUUUCGACGGACUCACUUCCCUGAAGCAGCUGAUCAUCGACCACAACCGGGUGGAGGAGAUCCAACCAGGUGCCUUCUCCCAGCUGGGCUUCCUCAACCUGCUGUCGCUGACGCACAACCAGCUGGUCUACAUCCCCAACAUGGCCUUCCAGGGCCUCCAGAACAUCAAGUGGCUGCGCCUCACCCACAACUCCCUCAACAACCUGGCCACCGAGGCCUUCGCCGGCCUCCUCACCCUGACCCGCCUCAGCAUGGACCACAACGAGCUGCAGUUCUUCCCCACGCAGACCAUGACCAGGCUGCCUGAGCUCACCCGCCUGGAUAUGGGCUACAACCCCAUGACCUACCUGGGGGAGGAGACGGUGUCCAUGUCCAAACUGACCCACCUGUUCCUGGACCACAUGUCCCUGCAGGACUUCUCCCACAUGGCGCUGAUGCAGGCGCCCCGCCUCACCCACCUGGACCUCGGCCACAACCAGCUGCGCGUCCUGCAGCCCCUGCUGGGCCCCGAGAAGCUGGCGCGCCUGGUGCUGGCGGGGAACCCGGUCUACUGCAGCUGCUACCUGCGGCCCCUGAGGGAGUGGGCCGUCCGGGAGCGCGUGCGGCUGCUGGGGGCCUGCGCCGGGCCCCCGCACUUCUCCGGGGACAGCCUGGGGACCAUCCACCCCGCCGACCUGCGCUGCCAGAGCCAGGAGGCCAUGCUGAAGGCCGAGCAGGAGGAGCAGAGCAGGGCCACGCCGCCGCCCACCCCAAAACCCGCCCCCAAGGUCAAGUGCCCCGCCAACUGCGACUGCGAGAGCGAGACCCACCACUCCUCCUGCGAGAACCGCGGCCACACCAAAGUGCCGCGCGGCUUCCCCCCGACCACCCGCCUGCUGGACCUCCGCGGCAACCACUUCCACUACAUCCCCGGCAACAGUUUCCCCGGCGUCGCCGAGGUGGUGUCGCUCCACCUGCAGCGCUGCAAGAUGCACGAGGUCGAGGGCGGCGCCUUCGACGGGAUGAAGAGCCUGGUGUACCUCUACCUCUCGGAGAACGACCUCUCGUCCCUCAGCCCCGACGUCUUCAGGGGCGUGCCCCAGCUCACCUACCUUCACCUGGAGAGGAACAAGUUCACCCAGUUCCCCAAAGCGGCCUUCAAGCUGCUGCCCAGCCUGCUGGCCCUGCACCUGGAGCACAACUCCAUCACCCGGCUGGAGCAGGGCCUCCUCCGGGGGGCCGAGAGGCUGAGGGGCCUCUACCUGACCGCCAACGAAAUCCACGCCGUUUCCCCCAAAGCCUUCAGCCCCGCCCCGGACCUCGACACCCUCCACCUGGGGACCAACCAGCUGAAGGAGGUCCCGACUGACGCGCUGGGCCAGGUGCCCAGCUUGGCCGAGCUCCGCCUCUCGGGGAAUCCUAUUCGCUGGGUGCCGCCCAAAGCUUUCUUGCCAUUCGCUGGCAGUCUCAAGCAUUUGUAUCUGGACGGCAUGGGCCUGGAAAAGAUGUCCAAGGACUCGCUGGCAGGGCUGGGGUCGGGGCUGCGCAGUCUGCUGCUGGAGGAGAACCAGCUGGAGGAGGUGCCCGACCUCGCCCCCCUCACAGGCCUGGAGGUCAUCAACCUGUCCGAGAACCCCCUGCUGUGUGACUGUCCACUGCUGCCCCUGCGCAAGUGGAUUGACAAGGUGAACCUGAAGGUGAGAGCCUCAUGUGGCAACCCUCCUGAACUGCAGGGUCGCAAGGUCAAAGACGUCCACAUCUUCAAGAGCUGCCCGGGGGAGCUGCCCCCUCCGACACCGGCCCCGAAGGGCCCCAAGCCCCCCAAACCCACCAAGCCCAAACCCGCCCACCUUAACGCCCCCAAAUCCAAGCCAGCCAAAGUAAAGACCAAGCCACGCAAGAGCGAGAGUCAGAGAACUCCAGCAGCUGCAAAAGCGACCGGCAAGAAAAGCAAGCUGCCGUAA